AUGGGCUUAGCGGUGCUAGAAUCUCUCGACUCCGCUCGUACACAAUGGUAUCACAUUACGGCCGUCGUGAUCGCCGGCAUGGGCUUCUUCACGGACGCCUACGAUCUCUUUUGCAUCUCCACCGUCUCUAAACUCUUAGGUCGCUUGUAUUACACUGACCUCGCUAAAGACAGACCCGGGUCACUUCCUCACCGUGUCAAUAAUGCAGUCACCGGAGUCGCCCUCAUCGGAACCCUCGCAGGCCAAUUAUUCUUCGGCUAUCUUGGAGACAAGCUCGGUCGCAAGAAAGUCUACGGCAUCACCCUCAUUCUCAUGAUCGUUUGUGCCAUAUGCUCUGGCCUCUCAAUGGGUAGAUCGCCCGGGGCCGUGAUGAGCACUCUCUGCUUCUUCAGGUUCUGGCUCGGCUUCGGCAUCGGUGGCGACUACCCUCUCUCCGCCACCAUCAUGUCAGAAUACGCCAACAAGAGGACACGUGGUGCUUUCAUUGCCGCCGUCUUUGCCAUGCAAGGUGUCGGGCUCGUAUUUGCCGGAUUGGUGUCCACGCUGGUUUCGCGACUUUUCAUAUCCGCCUACCCUGCCCCCUCGUAUCAAGAAAACCAUCUGUUGUCGACACCACCUGAAGCUGAUUUUAUGUGGCGAAUAGUUCUCAUGGUUGGAGCCAUCCCUGCGGCGCUGACAUUCUACUGGCGGAUGAAGAUGCCGGAGACAGCCCGUUACACUGCUUUCAUAGAAGGAAACGCAAAGCAAGCGGCUGCGGAUAUGGCCAGGGUUUUGGACGUCGAAAUCCAAGCGGAGCAAGAAAGGUUGAGUGAGAUGAAAGCCGCGAAUGAGUAUACCUUAUUCUCCGAUGAGUUCUUCCGCCGACAUGGUUGGCAUUUGAUAGGCACGAUGAGCACGUGGUUCUUGUUGGACAUCGCGUUCUACAGCCAGAACUUAACCCAGAAGGAUGUUUUCUCGUCUACGGGGCUGGUUGACAAGCCAGAGUUGAUGAGUGCUUUAGAGGAAGUGCGCCAGACGGCGCUCGCCAUGUUCGUGAUUGCCUUGUUGGGAACAUUCCCGGGGUAUUGGUUCACAGUGUUCUCCAUUGAAAAACUUGGACGCUUCAAGAUCCAACUCUUUGGCUUCCUCAUGAUGUCCUUCUUCAUGUUCGUGCUCGGUGUUCGAUACAAGGAAAUAAGAAACGAAAAGAACCUCUUCGCUUUGCUGUAUGGGCUGACCUUCUUCUUCGCCAACUUUGGCCCCAACAGCACCACCUUCGUGCUUCCGGCAGAGUUAUUUCCGACGAGAGUGAGGUCUACGUGUCAUGCUCUGAGUGCGGCGUCGGGAAAGGCGGGUGCGAUUGUGGCGGCGUUUUGGGUACAGACGUACACGUUGGAUGCGGACCCCAAUAAAAUCAAGAAGGCGAUGAUACUAUUAGCGAUAACCAACCUGGUUGGAUUUUUCUGUACAUUCUUGGUGACAGAAACCAAAGGAAGGUCGCUGGAGGAAAUCUCCGGUGAGGAUGACGGGGAGAAUGAAACCAGCCCAAACCCUCAAAUUGCCAAGGCCGGGGAGAUGAUUCCACAGGCAAGUCGCAAUCGCACUGAAUCACUGUGA